GUCCACCCACUAACACCAAAUGAAUAUCAGUUGUAUUUUUCCAGGGGAGGGUUGGAUCCGCAAACAUAGGUUUAUGAGCACCGAGGCAUCAUUUGCAGUAUUGAGUCUUUGACCUGUUUUGUGGGGUAUAUGUGUUGAAUCGCUCUAGACAGAAGUUGCGAAGUCCGAAGGCGCGUUUUGUGUCAGGAUGACAGACAAAGGAUUUUCACUGCUUCGUCCGAUCUUCGUCUUCACAUCCUUCUUCGUAGCGUUGCACCUCGUUAAUGGAGACCUGAGUUAUUCCAUACCAGAAGAAAUGAAACGCGCUUCUGUCAUUGGGAACGUAGCCAAAGAUCUCGGUCUUGAUCUUAGGACCUUGGUUUCUCGACAGGCCCGUUUGGAUUUUGAGGGAACUCGGAAAAGGUACUGUGACAUCAAUCUGAAUACCGGAGAUUUGAUCACAUCGGAGAGAAUGGACAGAGAAAGCCUUUGUGGCACAAAACCCUCGUGUGUUGUUAAAGUAGAUCUGGUGUUAGAAAAUCCUCUGGAGCUUCAUCGUGUUAGUAUUCAUGUUCAAGAUGUAAACGACAACUUGCCACAAUUCACCGAGAAUUUGAUUGAGAUGGAAAUACGCGAGUCGGCUGAAAAGGGAAACCGCUUUUCUAUCGAGGAGGCCCAUGACGCAGAUAUUGGUCAAAAUGCUGUUCAAAGGUACAACCUCCAAAAGAAUGACCAUUUCAUUUUAUCAGUGGACAACAACAAGGUUGAACUCGUGCUGGAUAAUAAGCUCGAUCGAGAGAAACAGAAGGAGAUCAAUUUGCUCCUCACAGCUUUAGAUGGAGGCUCUCCUCAGAGAUCAGGCACAGUAGUCAUACACGUCACUGUGCUGGAUGCUAAUGAUAACGCCCCAGUGUUCAGUCAGGCCGUUUAUAAAGCAAGUCUUCCUGAAAACUCUCCUUUAGAUACUAUUUUGAUUGAAGUAAGUGCUACAGACGCAGAUGAAGGAGUUAAUGGAGAUGUGACAUAUGACUUUGGUCGCAUGUCUGAUAUGUAUGUAAAUCUGUUUUCUAUUCAUCCAAAAUCUGGAGAAAUUAAAGUAACUGGUGUGAUUGACUUUGAGGAAAGUAGUUCAUUUGAAAUGAGAGUGAAAGCUAAAGAUGGUUUAGGUCUUACCUCAUACGCUAAAGUUAUAAUAGAUGUCAGUGAUGUGAAUGACAAUGCUCCAGUGAUAUACCUGAAAUCACUGACUAACCCCAUACCUGAGAACGUGUCACCUGGUACAGAGGUGGGCAUCAUUAACGUGCAGGAUAGAGACUCUGAGACUAACAGACAGGUCCGCUGCUCCAUUCAGCAGAAUGUCCCUUUUAAGUUGGUUCCUUCUAUUAAAAACUAUUAUUCUAUGGUGAGCACAGGACAACUGGACCGUGAACUAGUGUCUGAUUACAACAUUACAAUCACUGCCACUGACGAGGGCUCUCCACCUCUGUCCUCCUCUAAAACUGUUCAGUUAUCUGUUGCAGACAUCAACGACAACCCACCUGUGUUUGAGGAACAGUCGUACAGCGCAUAUGUGAGUGAAAAUAACAAACCUGGCUCCACUUUAUGUUCCGUUAGUGCUCGAGACCCCGACUGGAGACAGAACGGUACAGUGGUUUAUUCUCUGUUAUCCGGUGAGGUGAACGGUGCCCCGGUGUCCUCCUAUGUGUCAGUGAACGGAGACACGGGGGUGAUCCACGCUGUGAGGUCGUUUGAUUAUGAACAGUUCAGGAACUUUAAAGUGCACGUGAUGGCUAGAGACAACGGUUCUCCUCCGCUCAGCAGCAACGUGACCGUGAGUGUGUUCAUAUCGGAUAUGAAUGAUAACUCUCCUCAGAUACUGUACCCCGCCCCGGAGGGCAACUCCUUCAUGACCGAGCUGGUCCCCAAAGCUGCACACGGAGGAUCUCUGGUGUCCAAAGUGAUAGCGGUGGACGCGGACUCCGGACAGAACGCCUGGCUGUCCUAUCAUAUAGUGAAAUCCACUGAUCCGGGACUUUUCACUAUUGGUGUCCACAGCGGAGAGAUCAGGACCCAGCGGGACAUUUCUGAGUCUGACAGCAUGAAACAGAACCUUAUUGUGUCAGUGAAAGAUAACGGACAGCCCUCUCUGUCUGCCACCUGUUCCAUGUAUUUACUGAUUUCUGAUAACUUGGCUGAGGUUCCAGAACUGAAGGACAUUUCUUAUGAUGAGAAGAACUCCAAACUAACCUCUUAUCUGAUCAUCGCGCUGGUGUGUGUGUCCACCUUUUUUCUGACCUUCAUCAUCAUCAUCAUGGGUGUGAGGUUUUGUCGCAGGAGAAAGCCCAGACUGUUGUUUGACGGAGCAGUCGCCAUCCCCAGUGCUUAUCUUCCUCCUAAUUACGCAGAUGUUGACGGCACAGGAACUUUACGCAGCGCUUACAAUUAUGACGCCUACCUGACAACAGGGUCUCGAACCAGUGACUUUAAGUUUGUGUCAUCUUACAAUGACAACACACUGCCUGCUGACCAGACUCUGAGGAAAAGCCCGACAGACUUUGCUGAUCCUUUUGAAGACCUCGAUACUUCAUUAGAGGUAGGACCUUUUUAGAGUAGUUUAAUUGUUUUAUUGUACUGAGUUUGGCUUGCUUGACCAGCUGUUUAAAUCUUGUUUAUGGCAGCAGAAAUGUUCCUUCACUUAGUAUUAAAUUAUUUUUUAAAGCGCUAUAAACAUUUAAAGUGAUGUUGUUGAUUUUCCUGUCGUUUCUAACUAGUUCAUGAAAUGUAUUUAGGUUUGUGUCACUUCCACUCUGUUGUUAAAAGCAGUUUUAGACGGAUCCUGUUUUCAGGUGUUCUUUCAUAAAGGUACACAUGAACACUUAUGCCAAAAAGUAAUUAACAUAUUUGAAUAAGUGGUUGUAUAAAUGGAUAAGUAUUGACUUUCUUGAAUGGAGAAAUUAUUUAUUGCUUUGGAAACUAGAAUCUACCGGUAGAUAAAGACCAGUGAGUUAUUUCUGCCUGCGUUGUUUUCUCAGAAAUCUUAAGCAGUGAUGGAGACAUUAAAUUCCUGUCCCUUACAAAUGAAAGAGCCUUUUGAAUACAUGUAAUAAGUAUUGAAUUUAUAUUCUCUGCAAUGAGAAAAAUAGUUGUGCAAUGCAUUGUUUGCUGUUAACAAUCAUUGCUAAUCACCAACGACUUCAAUAGUUAUAACUCUUUAUCACUGUUUACAUUUGUUUUGAUUGGUCUAGCUGGAGUGAAUUCAUUGACUAUGGCUCAAAGGUUUUAAAUUAAUUUGCUCUAGCACGGUUUCUGUGUACAAUUCUUUGAGACUUUAAGUAUUUAUUUUGUUGAUACUUGAACUUCUACAUUUCUGAGAUAUUAUUCAGCUUAGUCUCCAUUAUAUAAUAGUAAAUGUUAGAAGUUUUAAAAAUGACAAUCUGAAGAAAAUUUUGCUUGUAAAUGUUUAUAUAGAAUCAGUGGCUCACUGAUCCACUGAGAGAUAUUCCCUCUCAAUUUUAUAGAUGGUUAAUUUGUACAUCUGUCAUUGGCUCAGGAAAAUUAAACAAAUCUAUAAUUUAGCGAAAACACUCAUGGUAAUUAAAUCAGAGAGUA